AUGGAUAAGCCUGCAGCGCAUGCGGUCAAGCUCAAACAAGAGGGCGAGAUUCUACUGGCGGACUCUCUGAAGUCAGAAAGGGCGGUAACAGACUACCUCAGCAGUCUGGGUUUGGCUGCGGAUGAAAGAGUGGGCGGUAAACACCGUCUGCUUGAUCCAAAUGCGGAAGAACUGUAUGAAGGCGUCACGAAAGCAGUGAUCAACAGUACAUUGCCCAUGGACCUUCCAAACCUACGGAAGGCGUACGAGGAUCCCUAG